AUUAGCAACACUGUGGAACGCAAUGUCACUUUGAAGUUUGGAUCAUCUUUGUAAAAUGUAAAUAUCAAUUAUCGCAAGGAAUCGAGAAAUGUGUGGAAUUUGUUUGUAACUUGUAAUAAUACUAGCUCUUAAUUAAAUAUACUGUCCACGAGUCUCCUCUCCUACUAAGAGGGAUUACGCCUUAGUACACCACGCUGGUAUAGUGGGGCAAAAUGUCCAAAGACAAAAACACAUAUCGUCAUGUAUCAUAUGAGCAGGUGAAGACCAUUAUAGACUUCAUGGGGCAGCACAUAGAGCUGGCCACAGGCAGCAUGCGCUCGCUGUAUGAAAGGCACACAUCGAAAAAGCUAUGGGGGGAGCUCACCAAGACCCUCAAUAGUUGCCAUGGUGGCACCAGGAAGAACUCUGAUGGCUGGAGUAAGUACUGGAGUGACUUUAAAAAUAAAUUAAAAAACAAAGUCCGAAUAUUAGAGAGGCAAAAGUCUGGUUCAGCUCUGAACAAAACCAUCAGACCAUUAACCAAACUGGAGAAAAGGGCUCUGGUCAUACUGGGACCAUAUUUUGACAAGAGGAAAAAUAGAAAAUUUGAAUACACACCUGUUUCAGAUCUGCAAACAGAAGUAAAACAAGAAACCUAUCAUGAGAAUAAUCUUAGUAACAAUUAUGGAAAGGAUCACAAUGACACUAAUGAUAGACUAUCUGGUGGUGAAAAUGAGAGUGAACAAAGUGGAGCAUCUUCUGAUGAGGAUUAUGUCGAAGAAGUUCAACAAGUCCCCAAUGAACAGCUUAUACAAAAUUUAUAUCCCAAGUGGCUGAUAGAAGUGGAAAAGAAAAGAGCUGAUGCUGAACUUCUAAGAGCUAAAGCUGAGGAACAGAGAGCUAGUGUUGCGGCAAUAAAUGCCGAUGCAGCCGUCAUGCAGGCAGAAGCAUUAAAUAGGCUGUCUGAAGCAGCACACAAACAAGCCGAAGCGAUUAUGAGGAUAGCAAACAUUCUAGAAAACAGAGGAUGUCGUGACUUGCUUAAUAUAUGAUAUAGUUUUGAUAUUAAUGAGAACUUGUUGUGGCCUCGCAGUAGAUCAAUAUGGUGACUGGUAUCAGUAGUCAGUACCACCAGUGUCAGUACAAGAAGCUGAGGACUUUGUUUAUGGUUUAAUGAAAUGUGGCAAAGGAUGCAGGAUUUUAGUGGCUGUGUGACUAAUAUUGCUGUAAGAUAUUAUUUUUAUAAGUUGGUUUCAGCAGGCAUGUGUAAAUAUUAAAAUACCGUUUACCCACUAAAAAUGGCUUUUAAAAUAAGAAACUCAAGCCAGGGUCAUAUUUGAAAUUUAGAAUUCAGAAAACAGAGGAGAAUCCACAUGGAAAAAUAAACCUCCUUCUCAUCUUUCACAAGUGUUGCCACUUAACAACUCGACGUGAGGAAGCUACAUUGCAUCGCCUUGAAAAAUCUAAUUUACGAAAAAAGGAUUCCAUAAAAGCAUUUAAUCAGUUAAACAAUUAAAAGUAAUAUUUUUCUUA